AAGUGCGCCGUUUACGACCAAGUAUUAAAAAGAGAGCAUUCGCUCCACCCAAUCAAAAUGUGUUCCAUUGCCACGUGUUGAAAACUACCCAAUCAACGUGAAUGCGGGCUUUUUAAAACCCUGAAUGCAAAAUGGCGACUUGAGACCGAAAAAGUCGAUUCUUCAUUAUUUCACGUACGUUAUCUGGUGCUACUUAUACGGAAAUUACUCCAAAUGUUGCAGCAGGGUGGUCCAACUAUGGGUCCCUUUAGGGCGACAAGACUGUGGAAUGAUCUAAUCCAAGUAUUCCGAUCUGGAAUGCCGUUGAAAAAACACAGAUGGCGAGUUCGCCUUUAUGAUAACUGCUUCACUGCAUCAGACGCUGUAGAUUGGUUACAUGACCAUCUGAGGGCAAACAUCAACUUUGGCCCAGAAGUCACACGACAACAAACUAUUCAACUGCUGAGAAAAUUUGUUAAAAGCAAUAUUAUCCAUGAAGUAAGGCGGAAAGAGUAUAAAGAAACAGUUUUUGAGGAUGAUGGUCACUUAUUCAGGUUCACAAGAACAUCGCCUACGAAAGUUUUGCAGCCAUCAUCGGUGCUUUCUAGCAGGACAAACCUUCAACAGUCGCCAUCCAAGAGUCAGCCGCCAUUAACCAUCACUAACCUCCAACAGAGUCCAAUGAAAGUUGGUAAAAGACUUCCUGAAUGCAAGUUGGUUAUGAAGACUAUUACACAAUAUGACAUCGAAGAUGCAUGGAAAACUAUGACAUUAGCCAGUUUGCAGAAAAUUCUUGGUUUGUCCACAUUGGAAGAACUGAUAAGCAGUGAAAAAAUCAUCGCUAAGCAUGUGAUUCACAAUGCUAACAAUGUCAACAAGAAUGGAAUUGUCACAUUACUGAACAAGGAAGAGGAUUUACCGUACUGGGUUCUUUCUGCAAUGAGAUGUCUUGCUAAUUGGCCAAACAGACUUGAUGAUGGUCUUCCAAGCUAUCCUGGAUUUGAAAGAGAUGUUUUUAAGUCAGUCACCGACUAUUUUCAAAGUUUACCAGAACCUUUACUCACAUAUGAAUAUUACGAUCUAUUUACAAAUGUUCUGGGUUUAUAUGCCACUGACAGCUCAUGUGCUCAGGAUGCUCUUCAACUUUGCUGUAUGAUGCUGCCUCCUAGCAACAGAAAGAAGCUUCAUCUGUUGCUAAGAAUGAUGUCGAAAAUGGAAAAUAACGAAGAGCUUAAUCUGGUCGAUGGUAUUUCUACGAGACAACUAGUUCUACAGACAUUUUCUCGUUGCAUUUUGAGCUGCAUGCAAGAGGUUGGAUUAGAUGAAAUCCUUGCCAUGAGGCUAGUUACAUACAUGAUGGAUAACUACAUAGAGAUUCUCAAAGUACCAGAACAGCUGAGAAAUGACGUUGAACAGAGAAUAGCUUACCUACGCAGGGGAAAGGUACAUAUUAAGUAUUCUGAUGAAGAGAAUGCAUAUGCUUAUUGUGAACAAGUCUCUAAAGAAGAAUACGAGAAACAGAAACUAAGUAACUCACAAGAUGCUAUUGCUGAACUAUUGGAAGGUAUCAUUAAAGACAGACAAAUGCCUGUCAAAGAGAAGAGAAAAAAGCUGAGACAGUUUCAGAGAGCUUACCCAAAUAUCUAUGCAAAAAGAUUACCAACCACUGCCAGUGAAGCCGAGCUGUUUCCAGAGAAACCAACGAUUAAACAACCUAUGUUAAGCAUGGUAAAACCGUUCUCCAGACGCAGGAACAAUAUGCGAUAUUAGAUUGCUAUAUAUCUGUGGAUUGUUUGUAAUUCUAUACAUUUUACACUGCCAUGUAUUUAUUACAGACUCCACUUUAAAGAAAUCAAAGUUUUUCAUAGAUGAAUAUGUCAGUUACAAUGUAUGCCAAGAUACUGACCAUUCCAGAGGUUUGUUUGAUAUGUAGAUAGGUGGCAAUCAUUCCACUGGAAUUUUUAACUUUUAUUUGAAGAGGCUGUUUUUAUUAUCAUAUAAUCAUGUUUUCCAAAGUAUUUAUCUUGACCCCAAUUGUAACAGACCUAUAGUUUGAGUACAUGCUACGAUUAGGGUAAAUUAGUUGUUUGCUCUGCCCAAAAAGAACCAUCAACUCGAUAAUCACUUUUAUAAAUAUCCCUAGAUGGGGCGGGGGUUUUAGAUUUAAUUCAGUGAUGACAAGCUUGUACAACAUGCACUUGUCAUCCACGUCUGAAUUUUCAUCUGAACUAUUGUUAUAUAUAGCCUUAUUGUACAUAGAGUAUUUUUGUAAAUUUUCUACUUGUUCUCUUAUUAAAGUGCUGUUAUGUAUUUUGUAUGUACCUUUCACUGCCAUUAUAUACUUGCACUUCAUUUACAACCAUUGAGCUGAAUGUUUAAUAGUUUUAAACUGAGUUAAUGGACCUUAGCUGCAAAUUGUCACCAAGGUAGAUUAUUCACUGGGUUUUAAUGUGAACAUGUUGAAUUACUGUACUUGUUUCGAUGGUUAAUUGAAUUUAAAACCAGUGAAAUAUCAAAAUAGUGAUACUUUUAGAUUUUUCAGUAUGCCGAUUGCUGAACAUUCAAAUGCAUUGCAUUCAGUAAUUUUUCGUACACUGGAAAGAAAAUUAAUUGUAUUAGUGCUCUGUACAUCAUGUUUUUGGUGAACCUGUAGGUCAGGUUACCCAGUUAAUUAUUUUGAAGCAUGCCUCUCGAUUUCAUGUUGUAGAUUUAAUAAUGUAUUAUAAAACGAUUGAUAUUGUAUUUAAAUAGUGUAUAAGCAUGCAGGAAAUCAAUUCACUAAAAAAAAGUUUGCCAUCACCAAUCCACAUCUUCUGGGCGAUUAAAACAAAAACAGUCCACAAUCUCAAACAGCCAUUCAAGAAAACAAAUCUGAAAUGUCGUGUUCAUUUUGACAAUCUACCGUAUUCCACACUGCCAUGUAUAAAAUUUGCCUUGAUGAAUUGGAAUGACUUUUUUUGCAUAUUGGUAUAACUAGAUAAAUUACAAUUGUGGUAUUGUUGUGAAUGAAUGUUGUGUUUAUUUGAGUAGUGUGUCAACUAAACUAUUAGAGAAAUGCACAUUUUAGUUCUCUGGAGUUUGCACAAGUCUACGGUCCCAAACUGUAGUGUUUUUUGUUUUUUUUAACUGCUGCUACAUUUAGCUGUAAUUAUGAGUGUUCUCAAAUGUGUAAGAAAAACAUUGUCUCCAUCUGUCAACGUUUUUAAAUAUCAAUCAUUACAGCCUCAAAACACUGAGCCUGGUGUAAAACUAAUGUAACCAGAGGACCACUGCUCUAACUUGUGUGGCAGUAUUUGUGUGACUAUUCCAAUGUUGCAUAGUUGUAUACAGUGUAUCGAUAUACUACCUCGUUUCAUUUGAUGGUAUCCAUUGCAACUGAAUAAAUAUUUUAUUGAAUAUCGCA